GCUAUCAGCCUCACGUGGCGCGGAGGUCAACGUCAGGCAGUCACCAUCAGGUAGUGUGGGAGGGAGGACGUGGUGCUCCGCCGGGGGUUCCUGGACAUAGUAGUCGCAGUGCGCGGAUAUAGUAAAGGAAUCACCACUUUACAAGAUGUCCGACAGAUUUCACAGAGCUGCGCGGGACGGGUACCUGCACGUGCUGAAGGAGGCCACGCGGAGGGACUGUAACCAACCCGACGAGGACGGCCUCACCCCCACCUCCUGGGCCGCCUACGAGGGCAACAUUGACGCCCUCAGACUCAUCGUGGGCAGAGGAGGUGAUCCUGACAAGUGUGACUACUAUGGCAACACCGCCCUGCACUGUGCCGCCGCGCGGGGCCACAUGUCCUGCGUCUCCUUCCUCGUCAACUUCGGCGUCAACGUGUGGGCGCUGGACAACGACCUCCACACCGCCAAGGACAUGGCCGCCAUGAGCAACAAGGAGGAGAUCCUGCGCUACCUCGACGCGAUCCAGAACAAGCAAACUGUAUCUGACCCCAAGCAAGUCAAAAAGAUCCAGGACAAAGCACAAAAAGAUGCAGAGAAGAGACGGAAGGAUUUCGACAAGAUCCAAAAGAAAGCUGACAAGAAGAGAGAAGAGGAAAAUGUCAAACUGCAAAAGGAAAGAGAAAAGAUUGAAAAAGUUGAAGAGAAGCCACAACAAGGCGGCGGCGGCGGCGGCGGCGGCAUGAAGAAGACCAUCAUGAACACCAUAUCCCGAGGCUCCUUGGCCUUCAUCGGCGGCCCCAAGAAGGACUCCACGACCCUCUACAGCAACACCUACCAGAGCCCGAAGUUUUCCGAUCUCACCACCACCAAGGAGCAGAACAAGAAGACCAUGGGAGGGAUGCAGAAGAAGAUCAUCCGGAAGAAAAUGAUGGAUGAAAACAAGGGUCCAAACGACUUCAAGGUCGGUACAAUAGAGUCUGAUGGGAAGAAAUCUGUACGCAAUCUGAAGGGCCUCCGCAGGGACUCUGAAAUCAUUUUCGUGCCUAACGGCAGCCUCAGCAGCACCAACAGUGAGUCCUCAACAUAUGGCAAGAGAGGAAAGAUCUCAGAUGUGUUCGAGCAAGACGGUGAGGACGGUGGAGGGCCACUGCAGCGCACACUUAGCCAGCCAGACUUCUUCUAUGAUGGAGACGAGGACAGAGUUCGUCAGCCCCGUGGCUCUAUGUUUGCUAGGCCCGGUUUUGGCUCUGUUGCCUUCAGAAACUCCAUGACGGCCACCCUGGGUAGCCUGGCAUACGGCGGGGCUGGGGACUCCUCAUCCAGACUCAACCCCUCAGAGGGAUCUCUGCCUUACAGGAAUAAUGCACCAGAGCCAUGGGAAGAGGAGGAUCUUCCUUCUGAUGAUGAGAGUGAGGCAACACCUGUUUACCUGUUCCUUGCCGCGGCUGGACUGCAUGACUUCAUCCCCACCUUUGCUCGGGAACACGUCGACAUGGAUGCCCUUAUGCUGCUCACAGAGGAAGACAUGAUCAAGCUCAAUCUGCCAAUGGGGCCUCGCAGGAAGCUCCUCAAGGCCAUUGCAGAGCGGAAGUCUGCCAUAGAAGAUCCUGGGGAAGUGGAAGACAGCCAGCUCUGAUGAAAGGGUUGUUCUGUGUGUUGUCACUUAGAGAACUGUGGCCACGAUUCCACCCUGGCCCUUGCUGGAAAGACCACUUAACCGUUCUAGUCCAAUUUGUGCACUGACCUCUUCUUCCUGCCAGUAACUUUGGAAUUGUGCAUUUGUACGUUUGUUUGUUUUUGUUUGUUUGUUUGAUUGAUUUUGUUUUACACGAUGUCAGUGUUGAAGUGCAGAGUGCAUCAUUGUUUAUGGUUAACUGAAGGAUAAAUGAGCUGUAGUUUACACUGGAAUCUGGACCCUCAUAAGUAGCUCAGACCACUCGUGAGGUUCAACAAAUGUGUGUAUAUAUUUACAUAGUUUUUAAUAUAUUUUGUGGCUUCUUCUGGUAGUAGAAAAACUUUGUUGUGCUGCUAAGUUAACUUUCUCUUCUGAGGGGAGGGGAACAUUGCUGUACAGAUGAAGAGAGAGAAAACUGUUAUGAAGCACCAAAACAGAAGUCUCUCUCUCUCUCUCUCUCUCUCUCUCUCUCUCUCUCUCUCUCUCUCUCUCUCUCUCUCUCUCUCUCUCCCCCCAUGCCGACACACACACACACACACACACACACAGUUUGGUGUAUUCCUUAUUUCCCUCAAUGUGUUUAUAGAUCCUGUAAAAAAUAAAUCUUACAAUAUCUUGUAAAUCAUGUGAAAAUGUAGCAAUUAAGUAAUGGUAGUGGUACUGUAGUACAUCUUUAUUAUUUUAAUGGGACUCAGUAUCCCCAUGCAAGAAAUACCAAAUAACAAAUAAGUCAUAGUUUAAUUAAGCAUGCCAUACUCUUGCCACGGUGGGUGCUCCAACACUUGCACGAUAUCCUCACUGUUCUGUUUGUGGCAGGUAUUUCCUAUGAGACUCAUUUGUUUGAUGGCUAGAUAGAGUUCACUAUCUCCUCUCACACCUUCACUCUAAUGGUUAUGUUUGAUAAGCAUUAGCUCAAAGUGGAAUAUUUCGAGUUUUCAAACUUGUAAAUUAUCACAUGACAAUCUGUGUCCCUCCCACACAGUCAUUGCAAAAGUUCUGAGAUUUUCGAUGAUUAAAAGGAUAAAAAUAGAACACUGCAAGCUUGACUGAGUCUUUUUAAGAUAUACAUUAUAUUAAUGCCAAUAGGUUCUUCACAUUAAUGAGUCCAUUAUUAUUCAUAAAAAAACAAAACAAUUAUUGAUCAUAACCAGAAAUAAUAUUGCGAUAUCAGAUACAAAUUUAUAUAUAAUUUGACAUAACAUGGCAAGAGGAGUUUGCUGGUUUCAAGAUGUUUGUUGGUUGAUGUACGAGUUGGCAUUAUAUAUAGUCUAUUGACUCUAACUUGAGCCCUGUGGCUUGGCCCAGGAAACCCCCCAUUGUUUACACAUCCAGCGAUGACCUGGGCAUGGCAAUCUGUCUUACUGUUAGUCUGUACGUUAUCUAUUU